CUACCUCACUGGGAUUGUGAGAAUCUCUCUCGUGUGUGUUUACAUGUGUGUAUGCAAUUAUGUGUGUGUGAAGUGUUAAUCCCACUCUGCAGUCCUGCGCCAUAAUGAAAUCCAUACCUGCCUGCUGAUUGGACGAGACCGACCAGGCCGGAGUCACGUGGGGUGAGUUCUUUUGGUCCAGAGUGUAAAAAUGGGGUUUGGUGUAAAUCUAGGGUGUAUUGCUGUCAUAUAUCACGCUACCUCGUAAAAACGACACUGAGGAUUCUGGGCCAACAAAUCAGAGAGAGAAAAAAAAAAUAUGAGUUCUUAUUAUGUGGAUGGUCUUCUUAGCAAAUAUACGGCGGGUAGUUCUUCUCUCUUCCCAAACGUGGAGCGUGCGUCUUGCAGUAUUGGACCCAGUGGAGAGGACUAUAGCACGGCUCGGACUGCUGCUGCUGCUGCUGCGGCCAUCGCGUUUGCGCCAUCUCUGUCUGGAGUUUACAGCGUCAAUAAUGCAGUGUACCACCAGAGUCGACCCAUGUUUACCUCUGGAUAUGGCCAGGAUGCGCACACACUUCACUGCAGCCUGUUCGACCAGAACCGCCUGUUCACCGACAGCUGCUGCCAUCCGGAGCCGGGACACCUUGCCUCUCCGCCGGACAAACAGUACCGGAUGUACCCCUGGAUGAGAGCAGCAGAUCCAAACCGAAAGCGAGGGCGUCAGACCUACUCCCGGUACCAGACCCUGGAGCUGGAGAAGGAGUUCCACUUCAACCGGUACCUGACCCGCAGGAGGAGGAUCGAGAUCGCCCACGCCCUCUGCCUCACCGAGAGACAGAUCAAAAUCUGGUUUCAGAACCGCAGGAUGAAGUGGAAGAAAGAUCACAAGGAGGAGCCUCCGGUACCGACCCCCGGUGGUAUCCAGAUCCAGCCGGUGUCAGAGUCAGAGGCCGCAGAGCCCGGAGCUGGAGACUCUGGAGACGCCCGGAGCGCCUCUUUGGAGUCCGAACCGGCUGCAAAGUAACGAAAAGACACGGACAAAGCAUUACAUGAAAGCUGUUUUAGUACGGAUAAGGAUAUAUCUCACACCAUUCAUGCACUAUAGGAGCUUUGUAGGCGGAUUAAUUGAUUGACAACUGAAGGCAAUUAUGUAAUAAGUAUUUAAUAGGCUGUAGGAUUUCAUAUUAAACCCCAAAUACAUCGAAAGGCUCCGCAUGGAAGAGCGAUAAUAACUAGGCCUACCUAUCCAAACUCUAUUUUUAUAUAUGCAAUAGGAUAUGUAAUUUAAACCUGAUUGUACUACUGAAUUCACAUUCCUUAACGAAAAACUACCUAAUAUUUACCUGCUAGUAUUAAAAACACUGACACAAGGAAUUCAACUUAUCUAUUCUACCUAUUCGAGUAAUUCUUCUUUUACACAGACGGUUGUAUUUUCUAAAAGGGAACACAAAUACAACAUUCUGCGCAAAAUGUGCCUUAGGCGAAUUAAAAGUGAAUAUUUUGUUAGUUAAAUGCCUCCAACUGUGAUUUAGCUGCUUCUGUAGAUUUCAGUAAAUGUACCGCUGUUUUUUAUUUUUUAAUAUAACUGCUUAUCACUUGUUAAUAUGUCUGUUUUCGAUACUUAUUUACCCCUCUAUAUAUAUACAUCCCCGGAUUAACACGUAUUAUUAGUUUAGUUUCAGAUGUAACCUACCUCAAAUUCCCAGAAAGAAAGUCAACUUGCUUAUUAAACAGUAAUAUAUUAACGUAAAUGUGUCGAAGUCUUAGCCGUGUAUUGUAAAAAAUGUUCUUGCCUAUAUUUCAUUAUUAAGAAAAGAUUUUUUCAGGCUCAAAUUGCCAUACGUGUUUGUGAACGCCAACAAUAAACGCAUGCACUUUUAUUUAAACAGCAUUACCUUUUUUUUUAGUAUCUUUCCUUUUUGUCAGUGUAAAAUGAGUAGUAAUCUAAAAAUGUGCAAAUACUGUGAUUUUAUUUAGAAUCAGAUCCCAGGUUUUCAAUGUGAAUUAUAAGUAACGUGAACAAAUAAAUAACCUCUGGGGAAUGUCUUAUUAAAUGUAAAUUAAAAAAAAUAUAAUAAUUGAAUAAAAUAGCUUUUACUUGUCUAUUUGUUUGCAUGUAAUAUUUGCGAAAUUAAUAUUGUGUAAUCACAGCACAAUCAUGAUCAUAAUAAACAGCCGAGGUUGAGUAAUAUGUUUCUCCCAUGUCACCCAGUAAGUGCAGUCCAAUAUUAGGUUGCAUGUAAUGAAACAUGUUGCAGUCCAUUAUGAGUGUUAAGGUAAACACUUAAGUUGGGGAAUGUGAACUAUGAGGAUGCGAGAUGGGGCAAGCUGCAGAUGAAGGGAAAUUACUGUUGAACUCUGUAUUCCCUCUGUCCUCGGUAAGAAGAUGGCGCCUGACGGUGACCUAACCCCUCCCUCAUCUCUCUCUCUCGCUCUCUCUCUCUCUCGCUCUCUCUAUAACCCCUCCCCUACCUCCCCAUCUCUCCCUCCAGCGCUGGGUCAUAAAUCCGUUGUUGUUUAUGAAAAUUUACAACAUAGCAAUACAACUUUACGACCCGGCUCCUCUUCCUAUUGGUUUGCAGCUUUGUCACGUGGCAAGGGAGCCCGUGAACAUGAACUUUUUUAUAUAUAAUUUCCAAUAGAGGAAUAGAGCAGCCUUUCAUUUAACGGUCUCGAGCUUCCACGCGGCUGUUUUUCCAUUUUCACCAGCGACCUUCUUACAUUUUUACACCUUUUUUUUGGGAGUUUUCUCUCUCUCGGCCAUGCAGGCAGGCAGAGAGAGGCUCGACGCGCAGGAGCUU